GGCGGCGGCGGCGUUGGCGGCGAGGGAGCGAGCCUCAAGCGGGCGGGCCCAGCCUGAGGGAAGGGAGGAAGGGGCGGGGAGAGCGCCACAGGGAGGCCGGUCGGCCGCGGGCGGGCGGGCAGCGCAGCGCCGAGCGGGGCCCGCGGGCCCAUGAGGAGGCCCGUGGACCAUGGGCUCCAGGAUCAAGCAAAACCCAGAGACCACGUUUGAAGUGUAUGUCGAAGUGGCCUAUCCUCGGACAGUUGGCACUCUUUCAGAUCCUGAGGUGCAGAGGCAAUUCCCGGAGGACUACGGUGACCAGGAAGUUCUACAGACUUUGACCAAGUUUUGUUUCCCCUUCUAUGUGGACAGCCUCACAGUGAGCCAAGUUGGCCAGAACUUCACGUUCGUGCUCACUGACAUUGACAGCAAGCAGAGAUUCGGGUUCUGCCGCUUAUCUUCAGGAGCCAAGAGCUGCUUCUGUAUCUUAAGCUAUCUCCCGUGGUUCGAAGUAUUUUAUAAGCUACUUAACAUCUUGGCAGAUUACACGACAAAAGGACAGGAGAGUCAGUGGAAUGAGCUUCUUGAAACUCUGCACAGACUUCCCAUCCCUGACCCAGGAGUGUCCGUUCAUCUCAGCGUGAGAAACCUGACGGAGUAUUUUGUGGCUGUCGACGUGAACAACAUGUUGCAUCUGUACGCCAGCAUGCUCCAUGAGCGCCGGAUCCUCAUUGUGUGCAGCAAGCUCAGCACUUUGACCGCCUGCAUCCAUGGCUCCGCCGCCAUGCUGUACCCCAUGUUUUGGCAGCAUGUGUACAUCCCUGUCCUGCCCCCACAUCUGUUGGACUACUGCUGCGCUCCCAUGCCCUACCUCAUAGGAAUCCAUUUAAGUUUAAUGGAGAAAGUCAGAAACAUGGCCCUGGAUGAUGUCGUGAUCCUGAAUGUAGACACCAACACCCUGGAAACGCCCUUUGACGACCUCCAGAGCCUCCCAAAUGACGUGAUCUCUUCACUGAAGAACCGGCUGAAGAAGGUCUCCACCACAACUGGCGACGGUGUGGCCAGAGCCUUCCUCAAGGCGCAGGCCGCCUUCUUCGGCAGCUACCGCAACGCUCUGAAAAUUGAGCCGGAGGAGCCAAUCACCUUCUGUGAGGAAGCCUUCGUGUCCCACUAUCGCUCUGGAGCCAUGAGGCAGUUCCUGCAGAAUGCCACACAGCUGCAGCUCUUCAAACAGUUUAUUGAUGGCAGACUGGACCUUCUCAAUUCGGGCGAAGGUUUCAGUGAUGUUUUUGAAGAGGAGAUCAACAUGGGCGAGUAUGCUGGCAGCGAUAAACUGUAUCAUCAGUGGCUGUCCACGGUCCGGAAAGGAAGUGGAGCAAUUCUGAAUACUGUGAAAACAAAAGCAAACCCGGCCAUGAAGACUGUCUAUAAGUUUGCAAAAGAUCAUGCAAAAAUGGGAAUAAAGGAGGUGAAAAACCGCUUGAAGCAAAAGGACAUCGCUGAGAAUGGCUGUGCCCCCACCAUGGAAGAGCAGCUGCCAAGGACUGCGCCAUCCCCGCUGGUGGAGGCCAAGGACCCCAGACUCCGAGAAGACCGAAGGCCAAUCACAGUCCACUUCGGACAGGUGCGCCCUCCCCGUCCACAUGUCGUCAGGAGACCAAAGAGCAAUGUCACCGUGGAAGGCCGGAGGACAUCCAUCUCGAGCCCUGAGCAGCCGCAGCCAUAUCGGACACUCAAGGAGUCUGACAGUGCAGAAGGCGACGAGACCAAGAGCCCGGAGCAGCGAGCGCGGGAGCCCGUGGGCCCUGCCCCAGCCCCACCUGACCGGGCUGCCAGCAUCGACCUUCUGGAGGAUGUCUUCAGCAGCCUGGACAUGGAGGGCCCGCUGCAGCCACUGGGCCAGGCCAAGAGCUUGGAGGACCUUCGGACCCCCAAAGACCUGAGGGAACAGACAGGGACCUUUGACUAUCAGAGGCUGGACCUGGGCAGGGGUGACCGGAGCCGCGGGAUGCCAGUGGUCUUGAAGCUUGCUCACCCGUACAACAAGCUAUGGAGCAUGGGCCAGGACGACAUGGCCAUCUGCAGCAAGCCCCUGGCCGCCGCUCCCGAGAAGCCCUCAGUCCUGUUUGGGAACUCCCCGGCCCUGCCCCGCCGGCCCCCGAACCGGGACAGCAUCCUAAACCCCAGCGACAAGGAGGUGGCGCCCACGCCCACUGCGGGCAGCAUCACCAUUCCCCGGCCCCAGGGCAGGAAGACCCCGGAGCUGGGCAUUGUGCCCCCACCUCCCACCGCCCGUCCGGCCAAGCUCCCAGCUGCUGGUGCCGCCCUUGGCGACUUCUCCUCCGAGUGGCUAUCAGCCGAGCAGGAGAGGCACGCUGCCCCCUUCCCCGGUGCCACCUCCCAAGGCCCCACCGAACUGCUCCAGCCACUCAGCCUGGCCCCAGGGGCUGCAGCCACUGGCAGUGACACCCUGCUGGCCCUCCUGGACCCACUUCACACAGCCUGGUCAGGCAGUACCCUUCCACCAGUCCCUGCAGCCCCAAAUGUAGCCACCCCAUUCACCCCCCAGUUCAGCUUUCCCCCCGUGGGGACUCCCACCCCAUUUCCACAGCCAUCACUCAACCCCUUUGUCCCAUCUAUGCCAGCAGCACUGCCUGCCAUGUCCCUGGUCUCCACACCGACCGGGCCUUACGGAGCCCCUCCUGCUUCCCUGGGGCCAGCUUUUGCCCCCGGCCUCCUGCUGUCCAAUUCGGGCUUCUGUGCCCCACACAGAUCUCAACCCAACCUGUCUGCCCUCUCCAUGCCCAACCUCUUUGGCCAGAUGCCCAUGGGUGCCCACACCAGCCCCCUGCAGCCUCUGGGGCCCCCAACUGUCGCCCCUUCGAGGAUCCGAACGUUGCCCCUGGUCCGCUCAAGUGCCAGGGCUGCUGAGGCCAAGCAGGGGCUGGCCCUGAGGCCUGGAGACCCCCCACUCCUUCCUCCCAGACCCCCCCAGAGCCUGGAGCCAGCACUGCAGCCCUCUGCUACUCAAGAGGCCAGGGACCCCUUUGAAGAUUUGCUACGGAAAACCAAGCAAGACGUGAGCCCGGCCCCAGCCCCAGGCUCAGUGGAGCAGCUCAGGAAGCAGUGGGAGACCUUUGAGUGAGCCAGGCACUGAGGGCUGGGGGUGGCGAGGCCCAGCACGAGCUGCGCACCCCCGCGGCUCUGAGGCUAGCCAGCCUGCUUCCCCAGCCGCUGUGUCCGCCCGGGCUCCUGGUGAGAAGGAAUGGGACCCUCUCUGCAGCCCCUCCUCCCCUCCACACUGCUCAUCUCGGAGGUCUGGCUGCUGGAGAAUGGCACCAGUUCUGGUCUGGGAAUCGACCAGCUCCUGGGUGCCCGUCCCGCCCACCACCAGCCCUCCCCAGCACCUGUUGAGUUUUGCACUAAAGAGGUCAGCUGGGCCAGUGAUUGCCCCCUACCUACCCUCUGGAAACCUCCUCAAGGCCUCCCGAGCCCUGUCCUCCUGUCCUCAAUGGGCACAGGUGCCAGUGGUACCCUCGGUGUGAGCAGGAGACACACAUGGUUUGGAGUGUGAAGUAAGGAACCCCUCCCAGGCUGGAAGACUCACCUGGAGAGGCAUUUCCAACCCUCUCCAGCAGUACUGGUUCUUUGUGAGUCUGCACCCCACCCCCAAACUUCAGCGGUUUCUGGCUUGGUAGGGAUUUGGGGGCUGAGGGAUUCUUGAGAUCCUGCGUGAUAGCCAAACCUAGCCCCAGCCAGUCCUGCACAGGGGUGGGAGCACCAGCAGCUCUGAUUUGUAGAAGAAAAAACAGCAACAGGUGAAUCUGGGAGCCUCAGAAGCUGGAGUCAGGCCAUUGUCUGGGCUCUCCCUGGAUCGCUGUGGGCUCUCCUGGUCUCCCGUGUUUCUGUCAUAUGAGGUUCAGCUGGGGCAGAGCUAAGCAGCAGGCACCCAGUUCCAACUGGAAGGCCGAGCUUAACACCCCAGACGGACACAGGAGUUCCAGCUGCCUGGACUCCCUGGGUCAGGGAGGAGCGGGGCACUGAGCCCCUUGUCCAGGCCCCAGUGGGUGGACAGGCUUGGUUUCAUUCAGCCUGGAGGCAGGAGGGCUAGGGGCUACCCGCUCCCUGCCUGUCUGGCCUGUGAUUAUCGCCAGCAAAGAAAUUCCUAAGGCCAACAUCACCAAAGCUAAAUUGAAAUGUUUUGUUAUUGUUUCUUUGAUCUUUCUUCUCCUUUUUACUUUAUUGAUUUGAUGAAUCUUGAAAUUGACUAAUUU